GCUGGCUUUGCUUUAAAAAAAAUGAAGUCAGCCAAAUUGAAAAGAAAUUUUUGGCUAACUGCCGAAAUAGAAUGUAUGCUAAACUUAAUAAAGGAAGUGAAAAUGGCCCAAGGAUCUGCACAUGCAACAACUACGCAUCACACUUUCACCACAAUCGCUAGCAAAAUGAAGAAACAUGGCUUCCCAAACAAAUCGCCAACGCAAGUUCGUCGGAAAUGGUUUCAGAUGAAAUCGGCAUAUCUCUGCUACAAGAAAGGCAAUGUCGAUCGUUUAUUUCUAAUACCAGAGAAAUUCCGCAGUGUUAUCGCCCAAUUCGUUGAAAGUGGCAAUAAAAUACGACGCGUUCCCCUGUCCUCAUCGCCUGCAUCGCCAAUAACAACAACAACAAAUGCACAAAGCAAACCCAAACCAGAAAUCGUAGUGCCAACGUCAGCGGUGGAUACGUUUAUAGCCCAACUAAUGCAGAAUAACAAAUUGCUGAAUGCUGAAUUCACUAAAUUGGAAUCAUCGCUUUUGGACUAUGAACAGAGGUGUCAAUCAAUGCGUGAUUAUAACACCAUUAAAUACCUGACUAACUAACAUAUGCUCAUUAAUGUCUAUCAUAAGAAUGCGUGUAAAUAUUAAAUUGUAUUAAAUGUACUAUGUACGAGUGUUAAAACUUA